CACUCAAAACUGUUGCUUGGCAGCGUUACUUGGUGGUGUUGUCAAGCGGAGGCUUACUGUUGCUGCAAUUAAAAUUCCUGCCUUGGAUGUGGACUAUGGGUCCAGUUCAUCACUUUACAAACACUGAGUGAGGAUGAUCCGGUGAGGGAAAACCAUUGAAAGGAGAAUGUGUCGCGUCCUGAGGCCCUCUGGUAGUCAACCCCUCCCAGGAGCCAGUAGACCAGCCCAGACCCCCCUCCUCUAGCUGGGACACCUCUCUGACCCCACCUUGGAGCUCACCCCAGCUGCCUUUUAACUUCAUGAAGAACUCUGACGUUGGUGAUGUUAUGAAUAAAUUUGAAGUCCUUGGGAUCGUAGGUGAAGGUGCCUAUGGAGUGGUCCUGAAGUGCAGACACAAGGAGACCAAUGAGAUUGUGGCCAUUAAGAAGUUCAAGGACAGUGAAGAGAAUGAGGAGGUUAAGGAGACCACACUCCGGGAGCUGAAGAUGCUCCGAACCUUGAAGCAGGAGAAUAUCGUGGAGCUGAAGGAAGCCUUCCGCAGGAGGGGGAAACUCUACCUGGUGUUUGAGUAUGUAGAGAAGAACAUGCUGGAGCUGCUGGAGGAGCUUCCUAACGGAGUGCCGUCUGAUAAAGUCAGGAACUACAUCUACCAGCUGAUCAAAGCUAUCCAUUGGUGUCAUAAGAACGACAUUGUCCACCGGGAUAUAAAGCCAGAGAACCUUCUAAUCAGUUCUGAUGACAUCCUCAAGCUAUGUGACUUCGGCUUCGCCCGUAAUCUCUCAGAGGGAAAUGAUGCCAACUACACAGAGUACGUGGCCACUAGAUGGUACCGCUCUCCAGAACUACUGCUGGGGGCUCCGUAUGGUAAGGCAGUUGACAUGUGGUCAGUAGGCUGUAUCCUGGGUGAGCUGAGUGAUGGCCAGCCGUUGUUCCCAGGAGAGAGUGAGAUAGAUCAGCUCUUCAUCAUCCAGAAGGUCCUGGGACCACUGCCUACUGAACAGAUGAAACUCUUCUACAAUAACCCUCGAUUCCACGGGCUAAGGUUCCCAGCAGUGAACCACCCCACCACUCUGGAGAGGAAGUACCUGGGGUUCAUCAGUGGAGCCCUGCUGGACCUCAUGAAGAACCUGCUGCUGUUGAGUCCUACAGAGCGGUUUCUAACGGAGCAGAGUUUGGACCACCAUGCCUUCCAGACACCGCGACCGGUGGAGCGACCUGGACCUCCUACACCAACACCAGUCCGCUCCUCUAAGAGGAAGCCUCAUCACACGGACAACAGCGCCCCCACCAGGAGUCAUGGUGUUAAGGGUUCAGACCACCACCGCUCAGCUAGUAGAGACUGUUCCAGCCUGCCCCGUCACGAAGACCCUCAACCUAGCAACGACAGCUUCCUGAAUGGCAACAGCUUGAGCCCCACCCUCCGCCUCAAGACCUAUGCCCCGCCCCCCCAGCUCCUGAAUCGCUCAGCCUCCUGCUCCAAGGACCUAGCCAACAACAACCUGCCCCACCUCCUCAGCCCCAAGGAGACCAAGAGCAACCUACCCCACCUCGUCAGCCCCAAAGAGACCAAGAACAAAGACUUUGACUUCACCUCCGGAGCCAAGGCCUCAGAUGGGCCGGGAGCCAAGUACCUCAAGUCCAACAGCCGCUCUCAGCAGAACCGCCAUAGCUUCGUAGAGGGAAAGACCAGCACCCUGAUGUCUGGAGACAAACACAGAGCCAGAGACCGAGACCGCCACAGCUACAUGGGGGAGCAUGGGUCCUCUAAGUCUGCAGGAGGGUUAGGGUUAGCAGGAGGCUCCUAUAUAAACCUUUCUAAGAGCCACGGGGCCCUCAACAACGCCAAGUCAGUAGGGAACCUUAGCGACCCACGUAUCCAUGGUGACGAUCCUCCAUCACGCUACUUCCCUACUUCCUGUCUUGACCUCAACGCUCCUGGCAGCCCGGCGACCGGUCAUCAUCGUCACAGCCCUGCAGGCCGGCGCUCGGAGAGAGAGAGCAAUACGCUAGACUCCUCAUCCCGACGCACCUCCUCACGACACAAGAGCUCUGAGGAGGCCAAGUCCCCUGAGGGAGGAGACCCGGGAGGAGGUGGAAGCCAUGGUCACUCUCUGUCCACCCCUCAUGAGGCCUUCCCCUACGGCCUGGGCUACACAUCCCCCUUCUCCUCCCAGCAUAGACCUCACCGCCACUCCAUGUACGUGCGGCGGGAGCGUCAGAGGACCCACGGGGGGGGUAGUGAGGGGGGGCUGGCGGUGGGACAGGGGAUGUCCACCAGAGCCUCCAGCCUCCAGCUCCUCUCCCCCCAGCUGCAGCACCGCACCCUGCCCAGGCACUCUGGAGGAUCUUCUACAGAGGACAUCACCAGGGUGGGGAUGUUCCAUGAACAGCACCCAGAGGACGGAGUCUCUUCUAAAGAAAACCGCAUCAUCUACAGUGAGUCCAUGCCCAGGAGGGUUGGCAGCUUCUAUAGAGUGCCGUCCCCGCGGCCAGAUAACGGAGGUCAGGGCAGCAGGGGGACAGGAGGGGGGGCAGUGGACGGAAGCACCUUGACCAACCAUCCCAAACGCCAGCCGGCCUUUGACCCCUGGAUGCGCCCAGAGAUCGUGGUGAUGAACCAAUCAGAGCCGACCAAAGAAAAGGAGAAGCAGGGCUUCUUCAGAGCAAUAAAGAAGAAGAAGAAGAACAAGUCCCAAAUGAACCAACCAGAUCCAUCAAACGCUCAACCAGGACGUCAUCAGGAGGUCCCAGGUGACGGGGCAGAUCACGUGGUCGUCCAGAAGUCCGCCCGGUCAUCGGGUCAUCAGAGCAGCCGCCACCGGAACCAGGAGCGGGACCAAUCACGGGAGAGAGACAGAGAACAAUCACGGGAGAGAAACUGGCCAUCAGAAAAAAUGGCUGAUGCACACUGUCAGAGCCAGCCACUCAAGUCUCUACGGAAGCUCCUUCACCUCUCCUCCUCCACCUCCAAUCAAACGGCCCCAUCUGAUAUGCGCUUCCAGCCCCUGCCCAACUCCACCUCGGCUAAAGCGGGUUUCAGUGAGGGUCCCAGUCGGAGCCACGCAGGCUCCAGCACCCCCCAGCUAAAGAGCAGGCAGGCCGCCUACCCCCUCCCUGGUCAGAUGGAGUCCAGCUGGCACAACUCGGCCCUUGGCAGAGCUGAGGGAAACCCUUACCCAGAGCAACAUGGAGGGAGGGAAGGCAAGGGGGGCCAGAACGGACAUGGGUUCGGACGGCCCUCACGCUCACGCAUUCCAAAUCUCAAUGACCUGAAAGAGACUGCUCUUUAGAGUGCUGCUUUAACCUUGACACCUGACCCCAGACCUCUCUCUGCUGCCCAGACCUCUCUCUGUUGCCCAGACUUCUCUCUGCUGCACAGACUUCUCUCUGUUGCCCAGACUUCUCUCUGUUGCCCAGACUUCUCUCUGUUGCCCAGACUUCUCUCUGCUGCCCAGACUUCUCUCUGUUGCCCAGACUUCUCUCUGCUGCACAGACUUCUCUCUGUUGCCCAGACUUCUCUCUGCUGCCCAGACUUCUCUCUGUUGCCCAGACUUCUCUCUGCUGCACAGACUUCUCUCUGCUGCCCAGACUUCUCUCUGCUGCCCAGACUUCUCUCUACUGCCCAGACCUCUCUCUGCUGCCCAGACUUCUCUCUGCUGCCCAGACUUCUCUCUGCUGCCCAGACUUCUCUCUGCUGCCCAGACCAGUCGGCUUCAUUGUUUCUUUUUUAAAGCUUCCAUAUUUGAUAGAAUUUGUAAUAUUACCUAUGUCAUUCUGAUUAUUAUAAUAUUUGUCAGUUAAUAAUUGCAAAUUAAUCAUAUAUGUAAAUGCUAUUUAAUAUAUAAAGUGUAUUUGUUAGAGUCUGCUUGCACACAAUUGAAAUAUGACAUUUUAUUUCACAGUAUUUGCAUUAUAUUUCCUUAAGAAUAUAUGAAGUUUAAAUUAAGGUUUUUGAUUGUUACAAUGUAGACCAUUCCUUCCCAUCAGUUAGUCUGUGCUGUCUCUUGACGUCCAGACUGAUGGAAGACGCUCUAUAGAGGGUUUAAAGCUUUAGUAUUUAGGACAAUGUUACGGCAAUGCGUUGUCCAUCUCCAAACAGAUCAGAUUUUAUAUACAUUGCUGUAGUUAGUAAACCAAUGUUCUGUGUUGACAAUCAAGAGAAUCUUGUGUUUGAUGUCAUUUGAUAGGAGAGGGCUAGUCUCUGGAGAAAUCCCAAGUUUUUGAUACAAUACUAACCCUAACCCAUGGUGGCCUGUGGUACCAUUUCACCUGUAAUACUUCAACUUAAUAGCUAUGUUUUCAUAAACUAUUUUUGUUGUUGAGAUUUAGAACAUUUGCAUAGCAAAUAGAUGCGACAAUUGCCUGCUAUGGUGAGUUUCCAUUUAACUAUCCUGUGUCGACACAUAGAAAAUAGAUGUGACAGUUGCCUGCUAGGGUGGUUUUGCAUCUUGUGUCGAUAAAAACAGCUGGACGUAAGGACUUCACAUAAAACAGAAGUGGUUGAAUUGUUUCCAUAACCGUUUAGGCAAAUUGCGCAUUAAUAAAUUGGUGACAGCCUGUA